GUUCUUAACUUCAGUUCAGUCGUUGUGAUUCUGGAAACUGAAGAGGAUAACGAAAAUGGAAGAAUGAAACCCGGGAGCAGCUUGCUGGGAACCCUGCCGAUCUAAGAUCAGUGAAGCAACCAUUUUCAGGUGGCUUGCCACCCCAAAGGUAGAAGGAAAUGAUUCUAAAUGGAUGCACGGUAUCUUCGGGGUAUGUCUAUACGAAUACCAGGGCUGGUCAACCCACAUUUGGUAGGUUGGCGUCUGCUCGUGUUCCAUGUAAACCUGCCAAUGCUGCAUCCUUAAGCAUUAGAAGUUCUUGGCAGGGGCCAAAAUCUUUUUCCUCUGGAACUUUAUGUGGGUUGCGUGAUCUCUCUGCUGUAUCAAGCCCACUCCUUAAUGGGGGAUGUGGUGGACUAUUGCGCUCGAUUCCCUCUCUUCCAAGAAAGCGUGGAUCCAAUCUCCCUGCUCGAGCAGCAAAAGAUGUGCCCACUAGCUUUCGGUUCCCACCAAUGACCAAGAAGCCGAGAUGGUGGUGGAGAACCCUAGCAUGCCUCCCUUAUCUGAUGCCUCUCCAUGAAACCUGGAUGUAUGCCGAGACAGCAUAUCACCUGCACCCCUUUCUCGAAGACUUCGAGUUCCUGACAUACCCAUUUCUCGGAGCUAUAGGGAGUUUACCGGGCUGGUUCUUGAUGGCAUAUUUCUUCGUUGCUUACCUGGGAGUUGUAAGGAGAAAGGAAUGGCCUCAUUUCUUCAGGUUCCAUGUGGUUAUGGGUAUGUUGCUUGAGAUUGCCCUCCAGGUUGUUGGCACAGUGAGUCGUUGGCUGCCACUCGGUAUCUACUGGGGCAAAGUCGGGAUGCAUUUUUGGACAGCAGUGGCGUUCGCUUACCUCUUCACGGUCUUGGAGUGCAUAAGGUGUGCUUUAGCCGGUAUGUACGCUGACGUCCCCUUUGUGUGUGAUGCUGCUUACAUUCAGAUUCCAUACGACUAAGGGUAGCAUUGCAGGUUAAGAUAGAAUCUAGAAACCUUGGUCUGUACGUUGUUGUAAUGCUUACUUUUCCCAUAUGAAGUCUCUAGUUGCAAGCAUUUUAAGUCAUGAAUCUUUUGUGUGCUUCCCUAUCUCUGUUUGGAUGAACAAAGAAGUUAAAAAGUCACCAUUGAUGUUUUAACCAGAGAGAUACUUUCUCAACCAGCGCCAUGGGUUUGAUCUAACCAUAGGGUUAGUUUCUGGAUAACUUGUUCAAGUAAGCACAUAGAGUGCCAUGCUUUUUGCUCCUUAUUGGU